CCGGUCACUCCCGGUCACUCCCCGGUCCUGCCAGUUCCAGUCCCGCGGCUCCGGAGACUCUCGGCCAUGGGCGAGCGCAAGGGCACCAACAAGUAUUACCCCCCCGACUUCGACCCCGCCAAGCAUGGCUCCCUCAACAAGUACCACCACAGCCACCCCCUGCGGGAGCGCGCCCGGAAGCUCUCCCAGGGCAUCCUCGUCAUCAGGUUUGAGAUGCCCUUCAACAUCUGGUGCGACGGCUGCCAGAACCACAUCGGGAUGGGUGUCAGGUACAACGCGGAGAAGAAGAAGGUGGGAUCCUACUACACCACCCCCGUGUACAGGUUCAGGAUGAAGUGUCACCUGUGUGUGAAUUACAUCGAGCUGCAGACGGACCCCGGGAACUGCGACUACGUCAUCGUCAGCGGCGCCCGGCGCAAGGAGGAGCGCUGGGACCCCUCGGACAGCGCCCAGGUGCUGCCCACCUCGGCGGAGCAGCGCGAGCGCCUGGCGCUGGACCCCAUGUUCCGUCUGGAGCACGGCGUGACGGACCGGGGGGUCCUGGAGCGCGCCGCCCCCACCCUGACGCGCCUGCAGGAGGCUCAGGACGCCUGGAAGGACGAUUUCGGCCUCAACAGCCGCCUCCGACAGCGAUUCCGGGAGGAGAAGAAGCUGCUGCGGGAGAAGGAGGAGGAGGAGGCAGCGCUGCAGGCGCGGGCCGGGCUCAGCAUCCCGCUGCUCCGUGAGGAGGAGGAGGGGCGCCUCGCCGCCCUGCUCACCCUGCGCGCCCCCGACUCCUACGAGGAGAAGCAGCGGCUGAAGCGCUCCGAGAUCUCCCAGCGCUCCUGGUUCGGCCCCCGGCACGGCCCGAGCGGCCGGGGGGACCCUCCAGAAAUUGGGUCUGGGGGCGGGACGGGCUCCGAGGGCACCCCCGGGGCCGCCCCCCCACCCCCGCCGGGCUGGGCAUCGUGCGGCGGCGGGCGGCGGAGGAGGGGCCGGCCCCGGCAGCCCGGGAGACCCCGGGACCGAGCCGGAGCCCCCCGGGGCCGCCCCCCAGAGCGGGGGAGCCCCCGGGACCCCCCCCGGUGCCGCCCCAAAGACCGAGGGAGCCCCCCGGGACCGCUCCGGUGCCGCCCCCCAGAGCGGGGGAGCCCCCCCGGGACCCGCUCCGACCGAGGGAGCCCCCCGGGACCCCCCCCGGUGCCGCCCCAAAGACCGAGGGAGCCCCCCGGGACCCCCUCGGUGCCGCCCCAAAGACCGAGGGAACCCCCCGGGACCCCCCCGGUGCCGCCCCCGCCCCCGUCCCUGGUCGCCGAUUACUCGGACUCCGGCUCCGAGAGCCCCUGA